AUGAACAACCUGAUUCCAACUGGACGAGCUUGUAAGGGAGUCAAAUGUGACCAAGAUCAACCUCCUCCUCCUCCUCCUUCAUCUUCUUCAUCAUCAUCAUCAUCAUCUUCUUCUUCUUCUUCGGUGGUGAAACCCCAGCCGCCCUCUCAGGAUUUUUUGGAUCAGUUUGCACAGGUGAGCUCCCCAAACAGUGGAGGGGACCGUAAACACCGUGACGCCAGCGCCGUCCUGCCCUUCAUCGGCCUCACAGGCAGCGCCGAGCAGAGCCGCAGCUGCUGUAAGAACGGAGGAACUUGUAUCCUGGGAAGUUUCUGCACCUGCCCGCACUUCUUCACCGGGCGGAGCUGCGAGUACGACCAGCGAAUCAGGAGCUGCGGUUUGAUUCCUCACGGGGAGUGGGUUCAGAAAGGAUGCUCCUACUGCCGCUGUGGGUACGGAGCUCUGCACUGCUUCCCCAACGUCUUCCAUAAAGACUGUGAUGACUCGGAGGAGGUGCGUUGGUAUCGCUCAUCAGCUGAGAGGACGGUUCCCAACACUUCCUGCUUCCUGUUCCUGACGCUGCUUCUUCCUCUGCUCGUCUUCCUCUGAUGGUUUAAGAAGUAAAAACACGAGGGAAACACGAGGAUCUAUUUUAAACUCUGAGCUGUGGACAUUUUGAAAAGGUGGAUUUUACCAAACAGUUUAUUUGAAGUGGUCCAGCUCAGGAUCAGGAAGUACUUUGUUGUUAAACUGGGAACCAGAGGAUGUUGAUUUUAAACUGGUACAUCAGCCUGUGGUGGUUUACAGGGACGUUCUGAGACUUUUUGGAUGAGGACCUCGAACUGUCUAUUUGUGUGUGUGUGUGUGUGUGUGUGAGUGCAGGAAGUUGUAAAUAAGAUUUUUAUGAAAAAUAUGUUUUUUCUGUUUUUUCAUCUCAUGAUCUGUGAAAAUCAGCUGAUUUUUUAUUUCUUUGUAAAAGAAGACCCAGAGUGAAUUUCACUGAACUCUGUGUGUUUCUGCCUCGUUUGCACAAACUGAGCUGAUGUGACCUUUUGUCCUUUAAACUCUGUAUAAACACGUAUAUGUGUUUAUUAAAGUAAACUAUUGUUGUGUUACAGCAUUUUUCAGAGGGAAUAUUUAAAAUAAAAAGUGACUGUUCAGA